GCAGUUCAUGACAUUGAAAAUAAUACAAAAGAUUUUGAUUCUUAUUUUCAAAUAUAUCUGAAUUUUUUAUCCUUAUAAAAUAAAUUUUGUUAAAUCCAGAUAAUCUUUGAAAAUUUGACAGUUGGAAUCUGAAGAAGGGCUGGGCUCCGGCGCAAGUCCAAUUGUAAUCCUAUCCUUCGUUACAUUAGCAUCAGGAAGAGAGGGGAAGAGUUCUCUUCAAUCUUUUCACUGUGACGUUGCCGGUCUGUCAAACUACUUGCAUAUUGAAGUAAAAAAGGCGAAACUCAGUGAGUGGGCUCAUAAAAUUAGAGAAAGUGUCUCUGGAAAGAGAACGUAACGCAGCUGUGGAUACUUUCCCCACAUUCAGAUUAGUUGAAACUUAGUCGUAUAACUCGCGGCCAUGGAGGACGAUCUUCCAACCGAAUAUGAUGUCGUCGUGGUGGGAACUGGUAUGACGGAGUCCAUUGUUGCCGCAGCUGCUAGUCGAAUUGGCAAAAAAGUUCUCCAUUUAGAUAGUAAUGAAUAUUACGGAGGAUUAUGGGCUACUUUUAAUUUUGAUGGCUUGCAAAAAUGGAUAGAAGACUUGAAAGCAGCCAAAUCUGUUAGCAAUGAUGUUGAUAUUGAAGUUGAAGAAGGAGAAAAAUUUUUAAAAGCUAGUAACCAAUACUCUACUGUUGAAAAUAUUGAAGAAACUUGGUUUAUUAUAAACGAUGCUGAUUUGCCAGCAUUGUCUUCUAAAGACACACAAACAGAAAGUACUGCAGAGAGUGAAGCAACUGAUGCCGCAGAAAAAGCGGACGAUGAAAAAAGUGAGAAUAAAGAUGGUGUAAAACACUGGACUAUAGAUCGUAUUAAAAAAGAAUACCGACGAUUUAAUAUUGAUUUGGCUCCUAAAUUACUAUUUGCAAGAGGAGAACUAGUCGAACUUUUAAUAUCUAGUAACAUAGCUCGUUAUGCUGAAUUUCGAGCUGUUUCUCGAGUUGCAACAUACAUGGAUGGAAAACUUAUCCAAGUACCCUGCUCAAGAGCUGAUGUAUUUGCAAAUAAGACUGUCAGUGUUGUUGAAAAAAGAAUGUUAAUGCAGCUAUUAGUUUCAUGCAUGGAGCAAGGCGCAGAUAGUCCAGAAUUUGAUGGAUUCCGAGACAAAACAUUUUUGGAGUAUUUGAACACAAAAAAUUUAACACCAAUAGUAAAACAUUACGUCAUGCAAGCUAUUGCAAUGGCAACAGACAAAACAUCAUGUCGAGACGGUGUUAACCGUACGAAACAUUUUCUUAAUAGCCUUGGACGAUAUGGAAACACACCAUUUUUGUGGCCUAUGUAUGGAAGUGGUGAACUACCACAAUGUUUUUGCCGCUUAUGUGCUGUAUUUGGUGGAGUUUAUUGCUUGAAACGUCAAUUGGAUGGAGUAGUAGUUGGAGAAGAUAAAUGCAAAGCAAUUAUUACCGGAAAACAAAGACUUGCUCUGGAACAUUUAGUUGUUGGACAAGGCCAUUUACCUCCUGAAAUUGUUGCUUCUGCAGGAGAACAAAAAAUUUCUCGUGGUAUUUUUAUUACAGACAGAUCUAUCAUGCAAGGAGAGAAAGAAAAUCUGACUUUACUAUAUUAUCCUCCAGAAGAACCAGGUCAGGAACCAGUAACUUUAAUUGAAUUAGGUCCAUUAACUAAUGCUUGUCCACAAGGAUUGUUCAUGAUACAUAUGACUUGUAAACGAACCAAAACAGCUAAAGAAGACUUGAAGUAUGUUGUGGAGAAAUUUUUAGCAUCCGAAGCUAUUGAACCAAAUGUGUCACAUCUUCCUACAGACAUGCACACACAAACGUCUGAUAAAGCUCAUGAAGGAGAUGAAAAGUCUGAAGAAAAAGAUAUUGAAAAUCUUAAACCUAGAGUAUUAUGGUCUCUUUAUCUUAAUUUACCCGCUAGUGAUAUUAAAUUGAGUAAUUCGGCACCGAAAAAUAUUCAUCUUUGCUCUGGACCCGAUCUAGAACUCGAUUUCGAUUUUGCUGUCAAUCAAGCCAAAGAAAUUUUCAAAACUAUGUACCCAGAUGAUGAUUUCCUUCCUCGUGCCCCCGAUCCUGAAGAAAUCGUUUUGGAAGGUGACGAGACACCUGGACCUAAAUUUGAAGAUGUUCCUUCAGAGGGCGAAAAGGCUGACCUGGAAAAAGAGGAAUAAAUUUUAUUCUGUUGAAUAAUCUAUGAGUGAAGCUUUUGCGACUUUAUUGCCGCACAAGCAUGGCCUGCAUUUGUAAUUUUCGUUAAUUUUUUAAUCAUUAUAAUCACAUUAAUACUUUACUCUCUUACAUACUAAAAUCAUUUUUAUUAUAUACAUGAUAAAAAGAAAAUUAAUUAAUCUUCAACUUGUGAUUUACAGAAUAAUGCAUUUUUCAGAUACUUAAUUGCGUAUUAUUAAUUGUCAUUAUCAUCAUGAUUAUUAUUGCAUUACUCUUACGAUUGAUUAGAAUAUCUUGCACAAUAUAUAACCGGUGAUAAUUAAAACAUUGGAACUUUUUACUCAUUCACAUACGAUAGAAAAUGAUGUUUUCAUGCAUACUGUUAAGAAAUUUUAAAUAGGCAUAUUAUAUUCAGUAAUAUCACUAAUUUUAAUGUUAAGUAAUUACAUAAAAUUACUGCCUAAUUAAAUAACAAUUAUUUAUUUGAAUGAUCAGCUACUUGGUAUAUUGAAAUUGUUAAUUUCAAAAUUUUUGAAAUGAUUAUUACGCAACACAAUUCAAAAAUGAACAAAUAAUUUUAACUGUAUAAGGCUGUGAAUCGAAUUUCAUUUUUCAAUAUAUUCAGGUACAAUGUACAUGAUUAUGACAAUUCUCAUUUAUAUAUUAUUAUAAUGCAUAAUUCGAAAGAUAAAAUAAAUUCUACACACUGUUCGUAUUUAUUUUAUUAAAUACAUUAUAAAAUAUUAAAGUGACCGAUCAUUCAAUAGAUUAAAUACAAUUAUUCAUAUGAUUAUUAUCAUGUCUAAUAAUUAAUUGUGAAGUGGAUCAAAGACAUUCAAAAGUACUGAAAAUAUAAAAACCUCAAGUGAUAUAUUAAAUAAGCUUCUAUACUGUAGCAUGCAUGAGACAGAAAAUUGCUAUGUAAUUGAGACAAACUGCUUUUCACACGAUUUCUAUGCAUUCCCGAAAGAUUUUGUGUUGUAAUAAAAUUGCAAUGAAUACUAAUAAGAAGUUACAAAAUCUUACAUGUAUUUAAUGCUUUUCAAUGAAUUAAAGCAUAAGAGAUAUCAAUCA